GAUUACCGAUUACCUGAUCAAAUAUUGAAGAGCCAAAUCCAACCCAGACAGAAAAAUUCAACAUGUAGUCGCGUCAUCUGAACUUCCGAAGGGGUCUCCAAUCAAGCGCUUAACGAUCCCCGACCAACGCUGGAGCACAUCACAAACCCCCGUCCCCCAAGACCCCAACCGUGGAGACCCAGAGGAAACCCCCGUCCCCCAACCGUGCAGACCGCUCGGCCAUAGACCUCCGCCGCCCCUCGAUUCGCCGCCAGCCGCCAGCCACCAGCUGCAUCGACAUCUCAGCCUCGCCGUUUUGGAGCCCGACGAGCUGCAAAUUCACUGUCCGCGACACAGGAAACCCAAGCGCCCGUCGCCCCCAACCGUGCCUUCCACGCGGCCAAAAAAACCCGCCGCCUCUCUCUCUCUCGGCUCUCGGCCCGCUGGCCCGCACCGCACCGCUCGGCGCCGCGAUACACGAUCGCAUGGCCUGCGCCAGCUCCGCGCGGAAGGUAUCGGCGGUGCUCUACCACUACCCGUGCCCGGACGGCGCUUUCGCCGCGCUCGCCGCCCACCUCUACUUCUCCGCCGCCGCCCGCCCCGUCCGCUUCUUCCCCAACACCGUCUACGACCCCAUCAGGAGCGAUGCACUUCCGUUUGAUGAAAUUAAAGAUGUUUACCUUCUCGAUUUUGCGGGGCCUCCUGGUUUUGUUGAUGACAUAGCGCCGAAGGUUGAGAGUGUAACAAUCUUAGACCAUCAUAAGACUGCUUUAGAAAGUUUGUGUGGGAAUGCCAAACUUGGGCAAAAUGUGAUCAAGGUCAUAGACAUGCAGCGUAGUGGUGCAACAAUUGCAUUUGACUUCUUUAGAAGCAAGCUCCUGAUGGAAGCUAGCACCUUACAGAGUAAUGUAAGUGGUAAGGAUGCAGCUGAAGUCAAAUAUGUACCCGACAACAAGGUUGAAAUGGUACAUAAGCUUUUCAAGUUUAUUGAGGAUGGGGAUUUAUGGAGGUGGAAAAUUCCAAAUAGCAAGGCCUUCAGCAGUGGGCUUAAAGAUUUGGACAUUGAAUUCAAUGUCAACGCAAACUGUAAAUUAUUUGAUCAGUUAUUGGAGUUGGAUCCUGAGCGUGUCAUUUCGCGAGGACAAGUGACUCUGUUAGAGAAGCAAAGAUUAAUAGAUGGUUGUCUGGAGAAGUCCUAUGAAAUUACACUGGGAUGUGGCCAGUUUGGGAAUUGUCUGGCUGUCGAUGCUGACGCUAUUUCAAAUUUGAGAAGCGAACUUGGAAAUCAACUAGCUAGCAAGAGCCGUAAUAUGAAUCUUAGAGGUAUUGGGGCUGUUGUAUAUAAAGUCCCUGAGCUGAAUAAUGACCAGAUGCUGAAAAUAAGCCUGAGAAGUUUAGAACAAGAAGACACCACUUCUAUCUCUCAGGAAUAUGGUGGCGGAGGACAUCGGAAUGCUAGCUCGUUUAUGCUGAGCGUUGCUGAGUUUGAGAGGUGGAAGGUUGGAGCUGAACCUUCUAGCACAAAAGGUGCUUAAUCAUCUUGCUGUCUUAAUAUUCGUAAAGAAGGAAGUACAGAAGUGAAAAUCCCCAGCGUAAGGCGGUAAGGGUGUGGGGCAUCAUGAGGAUAUCAUCAUUCAAAGGAGACCAAAGAAGACAUGUCCGGAGACUUAGCAGAAUUAUGCUGUCUUGCCAUGUCUUACUGUUGAUGCUUGUGAAGAGCCUGUGCUGUGGACACUUGCUUUACAUCGCUAAAAUCAUUAGUUUAAAAUCUACAAGCUGAAACAAAUAGGCUUUAGUCUGGUUCGAUGGCUUGGGCAUUUGUGAGAAAUGUUAGAUUAUUAUCAACCAUUUUUCCUUUA